AUUAUCGCAUUGAAGAGUAGUUUGUAAGAAUUCGACGAGAUUAAAAAUAAACCAUAGAAAUGGCUGCCCUGUGCAGAUCUGUUCGGGCUUUCAACAUAAAUAAUGCCUUUGCAGCGCUAAAUAAACCUGCAUCGUUAAUGACAAGAUGUCGAGGUUUGCAAACUUCAUCAGCUUCACUUAGAGCCCAUGACUCGGACGAUGAAGACAGGGGUAAAGGAUGGUUUAGCAGACUCAGAAAAACAGCUCAGCCUGAACAGUCUCACUCGAUGGCAUUAUCAAGUAAAGAGACUGUCUAUGAAAUACAGUUUCAUGCCGUGAAGCCAGAGUACAUGGAAGAAUAUAUUAAUCAGUUUUCAACAUUUCAACAAUUAAUGAAAGAAAAAGAUACGGGAGCAGAACUCGUAGGAAGUUUUACUGUAGAAAUUGGAGACCAGGAUGAAGCAGUACACUUAUGGUCUUACUCUGGAGGAUAUCCAGUUUUGAAUAAAGCAAAUACUAUUUACAGAACAGAUGCUGAUUUCCUUGAGUUUCGUAAGAAAAGAAAUAUGAUGUUGCGUUCAAGGCGUAAUCAAAUUUUGUUAGCUUUUAGUUUCUGGCCACCUAUCCAGCCCAGAGAACCCAGCCAUAUUUAUGAGCUUAGAACCUACACACUCAAGCCAGGGACAAUGUAUGAGUGGGGUAAUUGCUGGAUUAAGGGACUACAGUAUAGGAAGACAGACAGGAAUGAGCCAGUUGCUGGAUUGUUUUCACAGAUAGGUGAACAAUACACAGUACAUCAUAUAUGGGCUUAUAAAGAUCUUCAGACCAGAAAGGAAACAAGAGAGGCUGCAUGGAACAGGCCUGGAUGGGAUGAAUGUGUUUCAUAUACAGUGCCUCUGAUUCGACACAUGAAGUCCAGAAUUCUGAUCCCCACACCAUUCUCACCCUUACAGUAAACAGUCUGCGUGUGCUUGAAGUGUUUUGUGUCCCUGAGAUACCAACUAGUUGAUCUGCUGGACUGAUUGAGAUUUUACAAGGUCUUCAUUUACUGAGAUUUAUCUGUAUCUUAACUUCACUAAAGGAUUAUGUCACCAACUAAGAAGUGUAAUUUGUUUUUUAAUGACUUUAUUUUUUUCGUGACAAGGUGGAGAGUGAAUUUUUUUUUCUUCUAGAGAACUAAAAAAUCAACACUCCUUAUUUUAUUCUAUUUUGUUUCAUUAUCUCGUAUAAAUUUCAAUUUUUUUGAUAAUCUUUUUUCUUGUACCCAACUGGUUUGUGUUUUCUCUGUUGAAUUCUAUGUUUAGUCGUUGUAUAGGCACAGAUGUACAAAGGAGUCUCUGAUCCCCAGUCAAUUAAAAUGUUAACAAUAGUACAAUAAUUUAUUGAGCAGCUCUAUCUGGUGGGGCUCCCGUGUGGGAUUCUGUUGUUGCACAUUGCCUUUUUGUCUAGAGAAGUUAAUUGUAUACAUCUGUGAUUUCUUGGUAUGUUGUUCAAAUGUGUUGAUGGAAGAAGUGUGAUUUCAUGUGAUUGCUUUAGCAAAAGAUUUAUGUUCUGACUCUACCAAAUGUUAGAAUAGAAAUGUUGAUGAAAUUGUAUUUUAGAUUCAUGUAUUUUUUUUUUUGGAAAUGUUGCCAAUAAAUGGAGACUAUACAUUAUUA